CUUUCGUAAGGUCAGCUUGCAGCAAUAAUUGUCUAAAAUCAUCUGCAAUGGACGGUGAAAAGGUCGAGGGCUUGUCUGGCCAGCCAUUGCUUGGUGCGACCAUUCCACUGGAUUCCAAUGGCGCACACAGUGGCGACAGCGAAGUGAAGAAACGCGCGAGAAGUAACAGCCCCAACGGUGAAGUUGCUAAAGGACAUGCGAAGCGCGUGAAAGGUGUUGCGCCUGUCAAGGCGGAGUACUUGAUUCUCCGCAGCGAUGCCAAAGUGGAGACAAAGGAUGCGGUUGUCGAUGAUGAUGCAGCUGAGGCAGCAGACGGUCGCUAUCAGAAGGGCGACUCGCGCGAUGCCCGCGAUGGCGGAGGUAAAGGCAAGAAAGGCAAGAAAGAGAAGAAGCAGAAAGGCGGCCAGAAUACCAGCCGAACUUUUGGAAGCUCUCGCGAUACACUGCCACUUUGCUCGACACGAAUGCUCAGCAAUGAGUUUUCUCCCAAGGAGUGCGGCUUUGGCAGCAAGUGCAGGUUCGAACACGAUCUUCGCAAAUACCUAAAAGAGGGCCGCCGUGAAGAUCUUACCACUUUCGACGGCAAAUGCCCAAUCCACGGGGUUAAAGGUUAUUGCCACCUUGGCUGGAAAUGUCGCUUUGUUGGCAGCCACUCGAAGGAGCGCGAUACUGACGAUGGGCGAAAAGAGCUGGUUCUCAUCGAGGAUGCCGAGCGCACGUCGACAAUGGUCAAUCUUGAGGAUGAGGUUGAUGUUGCAAACGUCGUGUCCAAAGACGUCAAGAUCGGCCUCGCAAAGCGCAAAAUACAGACACCGCGCUCAGACCAGUACAUGAAGUGGAUUGACUCCAAUAAAGAUAACGAGCGUGCCAUGUUCGAUUCGGCAGCUGGCGACAACGAGGCGUUGAAAGAGGAGAAAGAAGCGCGAAGAGCUGAAUUCGUCGAGGCGCCAUUCAGACCGUCCGAAAAGCGGAGGCUAUACUAUGGUCCUGAAACACCAAGUCUGGCACCUCUCACGACCCAAGGAAACAUGCCUUAUCGCAGGCUUUGCGUGGAUCUCGGUUGUCAGGUCACAUGGAGUGAGAUGGCCAUGGGUAUGCCUCUCAUUCAGGGCGAGAGAGGCGAGUGGGCGUUGAUGAAGGCGCACGAGUCUGAAAUCAGCCCACCAAAAUUCCUCCAAAAGAACACAGUCGUUCAGGGCUAUGACAACACGAGUGACAUGAAGUUUGGCGCUCAGAUUGCGGCGAACAAGCCAUGGCUAGCCGCAAAGACUGUCGAAGUCUUGACCGACCACUGCCCAAAGCUGCGAGCUAUCGACUUGAACUGUGGCUGCCCGAUCAACCUCGUUUGCGAGAAGGGCGCUGGUUCGGCUCUCCUUGACCAGGACUCGAAGCUUGAGAGCAUUCUACGUGGCAUGACUUAUGUGUCGAAGGAAACCCCUAUCACCGUCAAGAUCCGCAUGGGCACAAAGGACAACAACCCAACUGCUACAAAGCUGAUCAGGCGUCUUGUGCUUGGUGGCUACGAGGCCGUACAGUCCGGCAAAGGCACUUCUGGAAUUGCCGCCAUCACACUUCACGGCAGAAGUAAGCAGCAGCGCUAUUCGAGAAGUGCAGACUGGUCUUACAUCGCCGAAUGCGCAUCUCUCAUCAAGCGCCUCAAAAGCGAGAAGGAUGCACAAACGGACACAAUUGCCGAAGCCGAUCCUCGUGAUCUUGCCAAUGGCGGUCAUGUCUACUUCAUCGGCAAUGGUGACUGCUACUCUCACGAGGACUACUACAAUAACGUUAACAAUGCUGGCGUUGACUCCGUCCUGAUCGGCCGUGGUGCGCUGAUCAAGCCCUGGAUCUUCGAGGAGGUUGAGAAGGGCCAAUAUCUCGACAAGUCUGCCUCCGAGCGUCUGACCUACAUUGAGAAAUUCGCCAAGUACGGCCUGCAGACUUGGGGGUCCGAUGAAAUGGGCAUCGGGACAACGCGCCGUUUCUUGCUGGAGUGGCUCAGCUUCGCUCACCGAUAUGUACCUCACGGUCUUUUGGAGCACCUGCCUCCCAACAUCCAGGAUCGACCACCGAGGUUCAGGGGCAGGAACGACCUGGAGACGCUGAUGGCUAGUGAGAACUACAAGGAUUGGAUCAAGCUCAGCGAGAUGUUCCUUGGUCCUGCACACCCCAACUUCAAGUUCGAGCCCAAGCACAAGUCCAAUGCUUACGAGAUCGAGGCUGAGGGGUAGACGAGUGACACGUUUUCAUUUGGAGUUUAUCACUCUUGAGUCUCCAUUUGCAAUCAUGAGCUAGCAUUAUAGACUCCAAUGCAUGCGUGCGAACUACAUUCAUUGGGUGUGUGACUUCAAAUUCUUGACGAUAGGGGAGCUUCUUGAAGACAAGACCAUCGAAUCUUUCUUGGUCACAACAAGCUGGUCGUGUACAGUAAAUCGGACAAUGCUAGCGAUGUUGGUGUUGCGCCCAGACGGUACCAGCCUCAUGUUUUCUACGAUGUCGUCAGUUCAUAGCGCUUGAUUGGCCCAAGCGUGAGAACGCGCCGAAACUUUACACUGCGUCCCAUCGCUGC